AUGGACAAUUCCGUCUUAUUUUCUGCCAUCCUGGGAUCUGAAGGCUUUAACUCAGCUAGGUUGGGGACAGUGAAGAGUGUUAACGUUAUCUGGGGGGUCUCUGAGUCUGCCCACAGAAAAUGUGUUGUAAAGAGUGGAGACGACAGUGUAUUCUGGUGUAAAAAUUGUACAAGAAACAGAGAAGACGAAGCGACAUACUUCGAAGUGAGGUAUCCAGGAACUUCCAAUCACCUCGGACAUGUGAAGAAACAGGUCCGGAAGAUCUGAGUGCAGCUGGACUGGGACAAAGGAACACUGUCUUUCUCUGAUCCCGAUGAGAACACACACCUACACAUGUUCACACACACUUUCACUGAGAAAGGCUUUCCAUACAUCAAUGUUUAUGGUGGGGAUGACCCCCCUCUAAGGGUCCUACCUGUGAAAGCCUAUGGAACCAUGGAACAGCACAGCUGGAACUGAUACCAGCAGUGGGAUACCACCUGCUUGUAAUUAGGGUUGCAAAGGGAGGGGAUAUUACUGGAAACUUUCUAAGUUUACCAGUAAACUACCAGAAUUUGGUUAUCUUUCAAGGAUUUUAUGUAAUCUAUCACAAGACAUCUAGUGGCCUUUUGGGUACUUCAGAUGAUCACAGGCGUCUGUAAUAGUCUCUGGCCUUCUGUGUGGACUAUAUAUGAAAUCAUUGAAUACAAUUAUUUCAAAAAGGAAAUAGAAUGACAAAGCUGUAAAAUAUUAUCCUAAAUAUAAACCAACUUAGUGAAUACCAUUGGUGUUUCAUAUGUUUAUUCUAUUGUUCUGGUGUGCAGAAUUGCGUCUCCCUCACUUUGCGACUUGGGCAGGUUGCCUGAUUGUAACUUUUUAAAUGUAAUUCUCAUUCCAUGUCCUUGUUGUUUCUCAACCCCUGGUAGACAGAUGUUUUCUGUUGGCCAGCCUCUUCACUGUGCACAAUGAGAAAAGGGAAGAACCUACCUGUCGUACAAACACACAUCCUUAAAUGAAAGCACAAAAUCAGUACUAUUGUCUGACAGACUGUGCUUAUAGCAGUCUGUUGUGUGAUUUAGCCCAUACAAUAUUUAUUUAUGAAUCACAGUAAAGCACAGGAACAUCAAAUCUUUCACACAUAACCAAUGUCGAGUCCAUAGCAGCAUACUGUAUAAUUGUACCAGACAAAGUGAUUGAAGCAUUGUUGAUAUUCUGUUUUUUUCUUUUCUUUUGAAGUUUAGUUUUUCAUGAAGAUGUACGUCAACUGAACUUUCGUAGCCCCCAGAACUAAUAACUGUACAAAUUCAAUUUUCUUUGGUAGGCUUUACCAGUGUUUAGACUCAAGCAUAAUAGUGUAGAUAUUUUUACACUUAUUUCAGCAAGAAAAUGAGUUUUCUGGCACAUACUGUAUAACAUAUACAGUGAGGGGGAAAAGUAUUUGAUCCCCUGCUGAUUUUGUACGUUUGCCCACUGACAAAGACAUGAUCAGUCUAUAAUUUUAAUGGUAGGUUUAUUUGAACAGUGAGAGACAGAAUAACAAACAAAAAAAAAAAAAAAAAAAAAAAAAAAAUCCAGAAAAACAUGAGGUAAAUAAGUAUUUGACCCCUCUGCAAAACAUGACUUAGUACUUGGUGGCAAAACCCUUGUUGGCAAUCACAGAGGUCAGACGUUUCUGACCAGGGCUUCAAUGUCGUGGUCGAUGCCUGGCCACCACACAAGGUCUCGACAUCGCUGUUUGACCUUCACUAUGCCCAAGUGACCCUCGUGUGCCAUGGAUAGAACACGCGCACGCAGGCCACUCGGGACCACAGUGCAAAACCCUCGAGAGACACAGACUUCUUCCCAGCAAGAAAGUUCAUGCUUCACCCUGGCGAAAGUCGCCAGCUCUUCCGGCACAUGUGCUGGCCAUCCAGUGCGUAUGUAGGUGCGCAGGGUAGACAGUGUGGGAUCCUGUUCCGAUGCUUGCUUCAGCUCCUCCAGUGAGACGACUGACUGAAGAGGAGAGUAGAGCAUUUGUACAAGCUCUGUUUCGUUGUCGUCUGGCAAGACGGUUGGAGUAGGAGCGUCAAAGGAGCGUGAGAGGAGGUCUGCCACCACGUUAUCCCUCCCCGGAGUGAAAUUCAGCUGAUAGUCAUACUGUCUGAGGCGGUCGGCCCAUCUGUGCAGCCGAAGUGGCUUGUGGCCAGUUCCUGAUGCUGACAGUAGCGUUGUGAGGGACUGGUGGUCGGUUCGGAGUGUGAACAGACGGCCAUAUAGGUAGAGGUGCCACCUUUCGCACGCCCAGACACAGGCCAGUGCUUCUCGUUCACCCACAGAGUACCGUUGUUCUGUGGGGCUCAGGGCCCUUGAGGCGAAGGCGACGGGCCUCUCAAUGCCAUUCUGCAGCUGUGAGAGGACAGCUUCUAGUGCUCCACAUGUGACAAUGGUGUGGCAGACGGGGUCAAAGUGAGCCAAGACUGGGGCUGUGGUGAGCUGGCUCUUCAGUGAGCGGACCACGUCUGAGCAGGCCGCCGUCCAGGCCCAUGGCUCAUCCUUGAGGAGCUGGCGAAGGGGCGCUGUGGUCUGCGAGUAGUGGGGCAGAAACCGGAGGUAGUAAGCUGUCAUGCCCAAGAAUGAGGCCACCUGAGAGGCUGAGGUCGGUUCCGGGAUCCGGUGGACGGCUUCAAUGUUCGACAUGAGUGGGGCAAUGCCUUUGGCCGACAGGCGGAAGCCCACAAACUCGACGGCUGGAGCUGCAAAGGUGCACUUUCCACCGUUAAGGGUCAGGUUGUUCCGCAGUAGAGCACUGAAUACUCUGUGGAGUCGAUAAUCAUGGUCAGGGCCGUGGACCACGAUGUCAUCCAGAUAGACCGCCACACCAGGUAUUCCAGCGAGGAUGGUGCUCAUCACCUUCUGGAAGCAGCUGGGGGCGGAGCUAAAUCCAAAAGGCAUGCGUGUAUAUCUGAACACGCCAGCAUGUGUGACAAAGGCCGUGAGGUCUCUGCUAGCUGCAUGGAGGGGUACCUGAAGAUAACCCUGAUGAAGGUCAAGCUUCGUGAAGAUCGUGGAGCCAUGGAAUUGUGCGGUCAGCUCCUCAGCUGUAGGCAAGGGGUACUUAUCCGGGACAACGGCCUUGUUCACAGCACGGAGAUCCACACAGGUCCGGAUUCCACCUGACUUUUUGGUUGCAAUGACCAAGUUUGAAAUCCAGGGGGCAGCGUUUACUGGCUCAAUGAUGCCUGCAUCCAACUGUGACUGGAGAUAUUUUGUGACGUCAUCACGCAGUGCAAAGGGAAUGCGCCGCAGGGGCUGCAUGACUGGGGUCACUUCCGGAUUCACUAGGGGCCUGUGAGUAAAGGCUGUGAGGGAGCCCAGUCCAUCAAACAGAGUCGGCCAGUUCUGUUGCCAUGUGCAGGUAACCUGGUAGAUAGCUGACCCACUGUCAUCUCUCAGUGUGAAUCCCAAGCCUGUGAAGAGGUCGAGGCCCAGGAGGUUGGCACCCCGCUUUCCAACAUGAAAUGUGAAUGAUGGCAGAUGUUUGGUGCCGUAGUGCCGUAGUGUACUGGGACCUGGAGGGAUCUACCGUACCCACACAGGGCAGUGGAGGGCUGUUGGAGUGGUAGGUGACUGAAAAACUUGUAGUAAGUGGCAAGGUUGAGCAAUGACACCGCAGCGCCAGUAUCCAGCAGCAAAGGCAAACCCACCUCACCCAGCUGCACAGUGCAUGUCCUGAAUGACACAUGGUUGGUGGAGACGGUUCGGAUUUCCGUGUGUUCAUGUUGAGAGUGAGAUGAAACGAAGGGCCUGUUCUGGGUGGAGCUAGUAGCAGGGGCAGAACGACACACUUUCGCAAAGUGAUUGUAUUUUGAACAGUUCUUGCAUAUUUUCCCACGGGCUGGGCAGUUUGAAGCCCUUGAAUUGUGAGAGCUAGCCCCACAGUUGCCACAGCUACUUCUGUUUGUUUGUCUGUGUGCCUGCUGCACGGGCAUGCCGGUGUCUGUGUCCAUGCAGCUAUCGACGUGGGAGGGCGUGCGCAGCGCGUGAUCGUUGUAGUGCGCCUGCUCGGGCUGAAGCUGCUGUGUGAGAAUGGCUGGGGGCCGAGUGUAUGCUGCAGAGCUGUCUGUUAGCAUAGAAGAGCAUUCCAACGCCGCUUCAACCUGGAGUGCUAUUUUAAUAGCUCCAUCUAGUUGUAAAUUAUCCGAUUCCAAAAGCAGUUUCUCCCUUGUCUUUUCACACAACGUCCCCUCUAUCAACUGAUCCCUGAUGAUCUCGUCCUGAAGUGUCCCGUAGUUACAAGAGCUAGCCAAAUCCCUCAGAUUAGCCACAUAGCUUUGAAUGGACUCACCCGGCCGUUGGUGUCUCUUCCGUAGCCGGUAGCGUCGGAGGAGCACUCGCUCUUUCCCGGCGAAGUGGUUCCGUAGGAGGCUGACUGCAGCAGUGAAUGUAGGAGCCGAUCCAAGCGCUCUGAAAAUCCUCUGUCCCUCUGUACCAAGGCAGUGACGGAGCAGUGCUGUCCUCCGCUUGUCGGAGAUUGUAGAAAAGUCCAUAGCUUCGAGAUAAGUGUUAAAACUUUCAAGCCAGUUAUUCCACGGGACUGGAGGUUCGCCAGGCACGGCGAGGAAUGGUGCUGGCGGUGGUAAACUGAAUUCAGCCAUCUUCGUCGCCAAUGUUAUAUCUAGCCUAGCUGUAGAAGAACGGACAUCUGCACAGUUUCACAUUGUACAUCACUCUGUCGUUUAAUGACAUGUGCCACACAUUCUGACAACCCAUUCAUCCGUAAAGCAGCACACUGUCGUAAACCAUAACAACGUACAGUACGACGUACAGCACGUUGUACCAUACAUAACAGUUACGUUACAGCCUUAUUCUAAAAUUGAUUAAAUUGUUUCCCCCCCCUCAUCAAUCUACAUGCAAUACCCCAUAAUGACAAAGCAAAAACAGGUUUGUAGAAAAAGAAAACGAAACGAAAUAUCACAUUUACAUAAGUAUUCAGACCCUGUACUCAGUACUUUGUUGAAGCAUCUUUGUCAGCGAUUACAGCCUUGAGUCUUCUUGGGUAUGACGCUACAAGCUUGGCACACCUGUAUUUGGGGAGUUUCUCCCAUUCUUCUCUGCAGAUCCUCUCAAGCUCUGUCAGGUUGGAUGGGAAGAGUUGCUGCACAGCUAUUUUCAGGUCUCUCCAGAGAUGUUCGAUCGGGUUCAAGUCCGGGCUCAGCUGGGCCACUCAAGGAUAUUCAGAGACUUUUGCCUUUUGGCAAACUCCAAGUUGGCUGUCAUGUGCCUUUUACUGAGGAGUGGCUUCCGUCUGGCCACUCUACUAUAAAGGCCUGAUUGGUGGAGUGCUGCAGAGAUGGUUGUCCUCUGGAAGGACCACAGAGGAACUCUGGAGCUCUGUCAGAGUGACCAUCGGGUUCUUGGUCACCUUCCUGACCAAGGCCCUUCUCCCCCGAUUGCUCAGUUUGGCCGGGCGACCAGCUUUAGGAAGAGUCUAGGUGGUUCCAAACUUCUUCCAUUUAAGAAUGAUGGAGGCCAUUGUGUUCUUCCGGACCUUCAAUGCUGCAGAAAUAUUUUGUUACCCUUCCCCAGAUCUGUGCUUUGACACAAUCCUGUCUCUGAGCUAUAAGGACAAUUCCUUCGACCUAAUUUCUUGGUUUUUGCUCUGACACGCACUGUCAACUGUGGGACAUUAUAUAGACAGGUGUUUGCCUUUCCAAAUCAUGUCCAAUCAAUUGAAUUUACCACAGGUGGACUCCAAUCAAGUUGUAGAAACAUCAAGGAUGAUCAAUGGAAACAGGAUGCACCUGAGCUAAAUUUCGAGUCUCAUAGCAAAGGGUCUGAAUACUUAUGUAAAUAAUGUAAUUCUGUUUUUUAUUUGUAAUACAUUUGCAAACAUUUCGAAAAACCUGUUUUUGCUUUGUCAUUAUGGGGUAUUGUGUGUAGAUUGAUGAGGAUUUUAUUUUAUUUAAUCAAUUUUAGAAUAAGGCUGUAACGUAACAAAAUGUGGGAAAAGAAAAGGGGUCUGAAUACUUUCUGAAUGCAGUGUAUAUACAGUGUUGAACAGAGUGCAAUUGCAGAAUAAUGCAUGUUGUACUUUUAGUCAGUGCUGUGGUGAUUACAACAAACGUUGCCCUGCCUCACCUCAUUAUUCCUAAUAGCAAAGAUAGUUUCUGUUAGUUCAUUUGCAGAGGUUGGUAACACUCUACUCAAAAGUGUCAGACCAUUGCCAUUCGCUGGAACACAUACCCAGAAAUAAGGCCUUAACUCACACCUCCUCACGUUUUUCUCAAUGUAACUGGGACAUUAACAGGAACACACUGCUUUGGCUAAAUGUUUUUAUAGAGACUUUAAAUAGACACAAACACAACCACAGCCAUUAAUCAGGUCCUCUCUCGAUGGGUUCAGAUAAGCAGGCUGAUUCGUCAUUCAAGGACGCUGUGAAGGUCUCCGCGGCGCUGCAGAUCAGUGAUUGCUGUGUAAAUCGAUUACUGACACCUCAUACUAUCUGUCAAAGAGCACACACACAGACACACAGACACAGACACACAGACACAGACACAGACACACAGACACACACACACACACACACACACACACACACACACACACACACACACACACACACACACACACACACACACACACACACACACACACACACACACACACACUCACUGGGAGAGAAGGAGAGAACUUUCUCUCUCUGUCUUCUGAGGAAGGAUGUUGUUGUUUUUGUCAGUUCCACAGACAGGCGCAGGGUUAUCUGUCUCUCCCAGCUGUGCCACCAAGCUGUCACCUACCUCGCCAGCUCUGUAGCCACAGUCAUCUGUGUGUGUGUGUGUGUCUGUCUACCUCAAAAUGUUUGGUAAUGUAUGUGUGUGCAUGUUUGCGCUUACCACCUUCCUUCUUGUUGUUUACUUACAUCACUCCUGACAAUGUUCUCUCCCACCAUUCAUUUCCCCCAGUACCUGUGGCGACACCUACUAAACUGCAGCCCCCCAAAUAUGCAGUCCCCUCACCUCCUUGUCUUUCACUGGGUACAAACUCCAAUUACCCACAGCACAUCAAUGCAAACAGCCACUUUGUAACCAACCACCUGUGACUGCAUUGCUGGGGCCUUUCCCACUAGAGACGUGGAAACGUAAAAAAAAACCUUGGCAGCCAGCGAUUGAUUAAGGAGAUCAACAUUGAUUAAGGGAGCAGGGGACAUCUGGACGGCCCAAUUUAUGGCCCUCAUCAAUAUCAAUAUCUGCCACCGAAUUGGAUUAGCGAUUGGUGGCGGCGAUUCUCUUGCCAUUGGUUCGUUCCCAUCCCCUGUGGUGUUGCUUUCAUCGGCUCAUCAGGCUGCUGAGAGAGGAGAGGGUCUGAUUGGAGUUGGGCACUUAAAAUGCCUUUCUGUGUUUGUUUGUGGUGUGUGUGUGUGCAUGAGAGAGAGAGAGAGAGAGAGAGAGAGAGAGAGAGAGAGAGAGAGAGAGAGAGAGAGAGAGAGAGAGAGAGAGAGAGAGAGAGAGAGAGAGAGAGAGAGAGAGAGAAAUCUUGGGAUACUAUCCGUAGCUCCCACAAUUCCUCAAGGCUUCCCCACACACAGGACCUCCCUGUUCUGAAUGACAAGGUUGGUUAUACCCCGAAUCCACACAAUACUAGCCUGGUCCCAGAUCUGUUUGUUCUCUCUUGCCAACAAUGACCAAAAGAGUUGACAAGACAGCACGUCUCCUAAUGACUAAAAUGUACUACAAUCAGUAGGUGCAUUAGCAAUGUUGAAGGAUAGGAUAUAGGAAUCACAGCUCCAACAUGUUAUUUAUUACCUCCCAUUGCCCUGGCCAGUUGGCUUUGUGUUUUCCUGUUCAUUUCCAAUGGACGGCCUAUAGGAGUCUGCCGGUCCCUUCUGCACAGCUCAAAUCCAUUAUCACCAGGGAAGUGAUUUGAGAUGUAAGAAAACAAUACUACAAUAAUAAAUGGAAUGUAUUUUUCAAACGGAUAAUCAAUUUGUUCUGAUGUGGGCCCGUGGCCUGGUGUGUAUUGGUCUCUGUAAUACGUGUGUCAGAGAGAGUUGUGCUGGCAAAUGGGCUGUGCAGUUAAGAAUGGGUUGCAUGGUCGUUAUUGAUUAGGGGGGAAAUGGCGGAGUGGAUUUGUGCGGCCAUAAAGAGAGUCAUGUACUGACCUUCAUGGAGGUGGUUCAGCGGUGUGUGUGUGUGUGUGUGUGCAUGGGGUGUGUGUUAGUGAUGCAUGUGUGUGUUUGUAUGUGGUAGGGCGUGGAUGCUUGUAUGUAGCGGGGCAGAUCGAUGGGAGCGUUUAGUGUGAAGCGGUGCCUAGUACGCCUCAUCUCAGGAAGUUGGAUGAUUUGUAACAGAGGGAGCCAUUGAGAGAGGGACGGUAGUUGGGAUGGUUGUGGAACUAUAGGCCAAAGCAUUGUCCAUUAGCUGAUAUAAAAAGCUGAAAAUGAGUCACUAAGAACAGGGAGCACUAAAAAGCCUUUAUCUGUCAGAGUUAUACCCCAAACAGGACAUGGUCUAGGGCCUUGACUCACCAGAGUUAUACCCGGGGCACCACUGUACAGUAUCUCUGACAGGGAGCUGUAUGUAAAUUGUAAAGUCUGUUGUCUGUAAUGUCUUUUUCAUUAUUACCCCAGUAAGACUCCUGUUGUGAGUCCAAAUCAAACUGGUAGUGUGUGCUUCCUUGGGCCCCUCCACCCUAGCUAGGGAGCCCCUGACAGACUUCUAUUCCUGGCCCUGUGGAUAGUGUGCUGUGGGGGGUUUUCUCCCCAUCUAUCCCCACCUUCUGUGUUUGUUUGGAGGGCUGGCUGGGGCAUUAUUUGGCCCGUCCCGUUUUCCUCGCUGGGCGAUACAGCUACCGGCUCUCUGUUGUCUCUCCGCAGAUGUUUACCAAGACAGAUAGGACGGCGAAUGGCAGACUAAUAAUGGUAAUUGCUUCCAUCUGCUCGCACGCAGCUGUCAAUAGCGCUCGCAGUCAAUCCCAGGAAUUAGCCUAGCAUGGCGCAGUCAUGGUAGCAUUCUUAUCCAGCCAGCCGUCAACCAUCAAUGUCUGGGUUUGGGGUACAUUACUGAAAUCUCACUCAUUCAACUCUCCAGUUGAAAUACUGUUUUUUUACUACAGGGAUGAGGAGUGUGUAAUGAUGUAAGGACUUGACUAUGCAGGGUAAUACACUGUCCUGAGAAUGUGCCUGCAUCCCGAUCUCCCAAAAUGUGCACUUAUGCACCCCCCACCCUCGCAUUUAAAAGGAUUGCUGUGGUGUAAGCAGUGGCUAGAUAGUUUUCACCAUUCUUAUAACAUCCACUUUUAAAUCCAUGAAGGGAAGUGAACAAGUAUUGCGAGACCACUGAGAGAGAGAGAGAGAGAGAGAGAGAGAGAGAGAGAGAGUGACGUGAGAGAGAUGUGACACCGGUUAAGGGUUUCUGGACAAACAUUUCCAGGUGUUUUCAGUGAAGCAGUGGACUUUCACGAAUGUGUGAAACAGUCAAUGGCUUAUAGGAGAGUGUAAUGCAACAAGUGAAAGACUAGACGACUUUUAGGAGGGAAGAGACCUUUUAAAGAUGAAGGGAGAGAGGAGGAAAGAGAGGAAAGAGAGGAAAGACAGGAAGAGAGAGGCUUUUAGCACUGGUUGCGGUAUGACACCUUUCAAACCCUCCUCUCACCUCUCUCCCAGCUUCCUUCUUCAGGGAGUUCAGUAGAGAAAAUGAGUGUGCCAUUAGAGAGACAACAGUGUUGCUACCCUGAGUCUAAUGUUGGGCAGACUUCUAGUUAAACUACCUCACCUUGAUCGUAUUCAUGUUAAAGGGAUAGUUAACUUUUUUUUUGGGGGGGGGGCAAAGUAGGUUGUAACUUAGUCUUGACGUCGUUGUCAUUUUCAUCCAAAUAGUUUUAUACGUUUCUGUUGGAAACAGUAACUAAUGACAACACCCUAGGUACGUCGAAAAUCAGCUAAGACCUAAAAAAGUGAACUUUUCCUUUAAACCUUUAGUAAACAAGUGGUAAAGGCUGUGGCUGUGGCUGUGGGAGUGUGAAAAACAACCCCCCCUAGCACAGCCACAGUCAUAGCAUGGCUUCAUCGUCAUCGUGCCCCCCGUCACCCUCUCUCCCCUCCUCAUCCCCCAGUCACCUCUCUCUUCCAUUAUUCCCAGUUCACUGGUUGGAAUUUUAGGGUGACGCUCUGCGCCCUCUCCCACUCUCUCUCCCCCAUUACUCCCAGUUCAGUGGCUGCUAUAUAGGGUGACACAAGGACCAAUUCAAUUCCCUGUCCCCGUCACCCCAUGCUGAGGAAGAGUGACACACACCCUCCCUCCCUCCCUCCCUCCCUCACUGUGGGUUCACUCAGAUUGGCAGGUCUCUCUCUCUCCACUCUAUUUUCUAACCUCCCUCUCUUUCCUCUUCUGUCACCCUCUCUCUCUUUGCCGUCAUUUUUUCUGGUCUUUACUGCAACCCCAGGGUUGGUGUUAUUCUUACCUGCUAAUGGCUAGUGGUUCUCUGUAGCUCAGCUGGUAGAGCACGGCGCUUGUAACGCCAAGGUAGUGGGUUCGAUCCCCGGGACCACCCAUACACAAAAAAAAAAUUUAUGCACGCAUGACUGUAAGUCGCUUUGGAUAAAAGCGUCUGCUAAAUGGCAUAUUAUAUUAUAUAAUGGUAAAUGAUAAUGUAGUGUACAGGAAAGCUGAUCCCAGAUCUGUUGACCAGGAGAACUGUCUGUCUGAAGCGCUGGGAUUCUCUUACAGCCACAGGCAGCCUAAUUGGCAUCAGGCGUCUCAGGCAUGUUGUAUGGCUCCCUUCUGUCCUUGCUGUUUGAUGGCUCAGUGUAUUUAGCACAUUUUUGUGGGUUUAUUUACUUUGUAAUUCACCUCAGCCGUUUGAUACCUUCAGUCAAAGUAUUGGAUGUUUUCCCAUUAUUUAACUUCCUUCAUCUGUUCAGUCCCUAUUAGCUUAGCUAUGCUAACUACUCUGCACCAAUGGGAAUUUUGCCAUUUCUCUGGCUAGCAAACCUACUAGGGACUACAGAUGAACAUUUUCUAUUUAGCUACAUCUGGUGCAAUGGCAUGUUGUACAUGGUCCCUGACAAAUAAACAAAUAAAUAAUUACUACAAAGCUCAUAAACUCAUAUUGGACUGCAGUGGAAUUUUUACCACAGUAAUAUUAACCAGCUCAGCUAAAAUGGUCAGUACUUUGAAAGAUAAUGUUCUGAAAUUGAGAAACUAUGCACAAGGACAACUUUUAACAAUUUCCACUGAAAAUGUCACAAAAACAAAUUCACUUGAAGAACAGUGCAGAUGCAAAGUUUGGUAACAGAAUGACGGCACAAACAGCACCAACUGUCAUUCUGUUACCAAACUUUGCAUCUGCUCUGUUCUUUAAGUAAAUGUUUUUGUAAAAUGUUCAGUGGAAAUUGAUACAAGUAGUCCUUGUGCAUAGAGUUGUAUGGUUUGUUUGACUUUGCAAGCGUUUGUUUUUGUUUGACAUGCAUUUAAAAGUGAAAAUCUGAGUCUCAGCAUCAUUAUGUUACCGUGGAAUUGCCUAUAAAGCAAUUGUACACGAGAGGGCGUGUGUUGUGACUGUUUUUAGCACGGCUGUGCUGCGGCCUUAGAUACGAGGCGAAGCCAUCACAACAAACAACUUCAAGUGUACAAUUGCUUUUCUACAAAGGGUUACCAUACAACAUAUUAAAACAAAGUGCUAUAGGUUUCUGCAUCACCUGUGCUGUUCUACUCUGAGGGAAACGGUGCAUUUUGCUUCCCAUUAUAUGAAAUGAAUUCCAUUAAUUCCAUUUCACACCUGCUGUGCCAUCUAAAAUAACAAGAUUUAAAUAAAUAAUUUCAUAUGAAUGAACACAAACUACAAACCACUUUGUUUCAUAAUAAAGUUUAUUCUAUAUUACAAAUAGUAUUUUGUUCUUGACUGCAAAAUAGGAAUGCAUUAUAUUUACAUACACAGGUAUACAAUUAAUUAUAGCAAAGUUAGAGAAGCUGGUCUUUCCCCCCCAGGUUUAGCUUUUAUCUCUUUAUAGGAUACUCUUUAUCUCUCAGCAAAUAUGGUAAUAGUAAAAGUAUUUUCUACUGUUUCUGUAACACCUGCUAUAACACUGAGCUCUAGAAGGACCUAUCUUUAGUUCCUACAAAACGUUGAAGGUGGAAGCUUUAUCGAGUACCUCGGCAACAAAGGGAUCAGUAGUCUCAGACGAGCUUUGUCGCUGGGGAGCAUGGGGAAAAAUGGAAACACCGUAUGUUACAACACCGGGGGGCAGAUUCACUACGAGAUUCUAGGACAUUCAUUCUCUUCACCACCAAAUAAAAACAAUGGACUUAGAGAGGAGGAAACUUUUGGGUAGCUAGACACAAUAUGAUACAUGGGUGAUAGUGGGUCAAUUUACAGCCUCUAAACUUAACAAGGGCUCCUAAACGUUGAGUUCCCUGCCAAGCUCAGUCUUAUUUCCCAACUACAUUUCCUGGGAAAUCACAUUUUCCAUCAGACUGAAUGAAUACAGUAGAUUCCUUUCUAUUCUUUCUUAUGGUUCAUUUGAUUACAAGCUUUGUGAACAGUUUGAAAAUGUUGGCAGUGUAGAACGUCCAGAGAACGCGCUGUUCAUGAAUGUACCCCCUCGAACCUGAACACCAACCACUGACAGAACACGCCCCUUUAGACAGUUGAGGAUGAUAUGUUCCAUACAUUUGACACAAUGGACAGGGAUGGUAUGACAGAAAUAAAACACAAUUUACAAAACUCAAUCAACUAAGUAAAUCAAAAGCUUUCAGGAUCAGAACUAGUCUGGUUAUUGAAGCUUCCAGACACCUGUUUGUCUUUGAUUAGUUAAUCAACAGACGUUUAAUCGUUUGAAACUGUCCAAAGGAGAGGGGGUUUCUGAGUAAAAACAACCAGUAUCUUUUCAGUAAGUGUGUGCAGUCCCCCUGUUGAUGUAACAGUAGAAUCGAAGGACAGCAGAUAUUUACAGACAAGUCAUCUAUGAUUGACUUGAAUGUAUUGUACACCCCAUAAGACCAUAAAAAUCCCAAUAACGAGGAUAUGUUGUGAGCUAAAUGGGUUUUGUAUGAGCAAACUUUUGCAUUGAACCCUGAAAGCCCUCUUCCUAAUGCUUGUUCUGUAUGCACUGAGCUCUUCAGAUCAAACAACUGUCAAAACAGAAUCUAAAAAACAUAUCCACAACUAUAGUAACGUGCUGCAAUAAGACGUUUACAAGGUAGCUUUGCAGCCAGUCCUAGACUUACAAAAAUAAAUGUAACAUUUUUUAUAAUAAAAUAAUAGAAUCAAAAGGUAAGGUUAUAGGCUAGGGGAGAUAGUUUCCGGAUGAAAACACAGACAGACGCUAGAGAUGCAAUAGCAGCCAAGACAAGAGCAAGAAGCUCACUGGAGAAUCAGUCUACCAGACCCAAAACCUGAGGGCUCUGGAACUGGUGAAUAGUCACAAACUAAUGAAACAUGAAUAUGGGUGGGUGGUAGAGGACAAUCUACCUUAAAAGGACUAAGCAAAAGGAAUGAAUGAAGGAAAACGUAGUCAUGAGUUAUUGUACUAUAUCAGUCCAUGAGAAUCUAAAAUAACCGUUUUUGCUUGUGAACCGUUUAAAAGUUUCCUAGUAGCAGUAGAUAAAUAUAUUUGAUUGCAAGGCAGUUCCGUUUCAUAACAUCCAAAUAGGUCAGCAUGCAAGGGUAUAUAAUAUAUUGGAUUUUAAGGUACCACUUUAUUCUUAUUAGCAUCUAACACUUUCACAAAACAUGUUAAUGAGAGGUUUGCAUGGGCUGAACAGGAGAUAAAGGUUCCACCUUAACGGUUAGUUAUAGUUUUAACAUGAACAAUCCACUUUUUUCCAUCUGAUUUUUCUUCCAAGCAAAAUAAAGAAAAGAACACAUCCACAUCAUCAUUUGCAAGGCUUAUUUUCUCUAUUUUCCUGUUUUUUUGUUUGUUUUAGAUUGAAGUUUUACAUGCGCUUAAAAAGCCAAUAAGGACUCAAGGUGGACCGAGGGCGGUCUUCACACAUUCACAUCACCACAUGGGGCACGUUGUCAAGGCAAAAGAAAGGUCAGAGGUCUAAAGGAAAGGAGGGUUUCUCCAUCGUUUCUCCAUCUCUCUCUCUCUCUCUCCUCUCUCUCUCUCUCUCUCUCUCUCUCUCCAUCUAUUUAUCUAUCUCAUCCAGGUUAUCACAUUCCACAAGUCUGUUCAUGUCCGUUAGUUUCCGGUCGUCUAUUUGACGUUCACUUGUUUGUUUUUCCCACUCUAGUUUCAGCUUUUUGAGGCUUGGAGAAGGCCGCAGAGGACGACUACACUAACACACAACAUGAGCGACCCAGAGCGCUCCGAGUUUGGGAUUCCCGCGUGGAAGCUGUCUCCACACUUGUGCAAAAAAACUGACGUGGAAAACCGGACAAAGAGGGAAGAAAAACGGUGUGCCAAACGCGGGAGAAACCGGGACGGCGAGGAGGGCGGGACUCGUCCGCGGCUCCCCCUUCGGCACACUGAGGUCAGAAAAUCACACAGGGUUAAGUUUUUGUUGGUUGUUGUUGUGGGGUGGGUUUUUCUUUCACCAAAUCCUUUUCCUGUGUCAUUUCCUUUCCUUUGUAGCACUUUAAAUACAUUGUUUUAAAUGACUUUUUUUGUCUUUUUAAAUGUCAAGCUCCUUUGGUUUUUCGGCUGACCAGUUAUGUCCAUCACUUGAUUCCCCCUGUCCCAAGUCUUUACAGAAGGUCCAGUGAAAGAAUCACUCUCUCUCUCUCAGCACAGCAGAUCCCAUUUAGGCAGUACCGCACCGUCUCUGUCAUGUGUAAAGCACGGGUCCAUGGUAAGACUGCUCUAGUAAAGCGUCACUCUCCUCCUCUCAGUAGAUGUCAGUCAGCUCCCCUAGUAUUCAGACAGUGUGAUCAGAGGGUGUAUCAGAAGUAGUGUUUCCCUCAGAACAGGUCUUGGACAGCUGCAGUGUGUAUCUGUUUCUGUGUGUGUGCUUUGAUAGACCGGCGAGUGACCCCCAUCUGUUAGCAACACACACGGGUCAGACUGACCGUUCCAGAUGUCAGAGCGGUCAUGUCACUGUGGUCAAGAGUUGGACGUGUGCUUCUUGUCACAGAGGAGGACCAGACAGACCUGGGUCUGCCCUCCACUAAUGAGUCUUAAAGUAGUCAGGAUAAUUUAGCAGGUACCACACAAGCCAGACGGAUUCAGAAGAUGAGCAUUGUUUUAUCUAUAGAGUUACAUGGAGGGGUUGGUUGGUGGGUGGGAGCAGACUUGCGCCAAUGCCACAAAGGGGACUCUGUUCUUCUCUGUGUUUCAAAGUCAGUCAGGUUUACAGAAAAAAAUUGAAAAUUCAAGAAGCACUAACUCUCCCCAGCCCCUAUCGGAGUCUCUUUAAAUACACCUCAAAGCUACAUUGAGAAAACAAAUUCUGGAGUUAGCCUAUUUCCCAAUCAUCCAGUUACAGUAUGUAUGAAUAACUAGUAGGAACUGUGUGAACCAGGCAAACCUUCCGUUCUUUGCCUUCAGAGGUGGGCAUUUUGCUUUCCUCAUUGAUAUAAUACCACUUUGUUUUUCCACAUUUGAUGUGAUGUUGACUAUAGCACUACAAUUAACUGUACUUUGUAGUAGUUUCAUUGACUAAUAUCCUAUUCAGAAAGUCUGAACAAAUUGACGCCCAACAUUGUGGUUGCAAAAUACUUUGCUAUCAGCGUUAUUUUGAAAGGCAACAUAAAUAGAAUGUUUGUUUGUUUCUCCCCCAACAUGAAGGUGUAAAUUAUGGCGAUAUGGUGAGCUGGCAGAUAACCACCCCUCCAUCAGACUCUUCUACGCAGCAAAGCUGGGAUGAGGCCUUCCCAUUUCAUGGUGGGAAAAGCAUUCCCUAGCUCUGCCGCCUCUCCAGUCAGUCCAUCAGCCAGUCUUCUCUACACGUCCUAUGAAGCUGAGCGGAUGAGAUGCCAAACACUUGUCAGGAAGAGGAAGAAAAAGGGAAAUGUGUAUUUGAAAAGGAGAGGAGUUCUGAUGAUGAUGGUGAAGAGAUCGAUGGACAGGUCUUUGCUCAGGCACGGCUCGGUUUCUGACGGGUCUCCCAGUGCGCCCUGGGAAGUGCGGUCCUCAGCUCUCCAGGCUCAUGAAGGCCACCACCUGCUCCAGCUUGAAGGAAAGUCUCUGUUUCCUGGCGGCGUCGUCCUGCUCCAGCGCACACACAAUCUGUCAGAGGGAGACACACACAGCCAGUCCACGUGUUAAUGUCAGCCACUUACUAAAUGCCCAGCCUCACACACCAGCUAACAAUGGCGGAGUAAUGGCACAUACAAGAAAUGUUGUUUCUGUAUGACAGUGUUUCUCAAACCUUUACUCUGGGACCACUAGACAUCUCACAAUUUAGUUGAAGACCUGAACUAGCACAUCUGAUUCAAUGACAGAAUGGCUUGAUGAUAUAAGUUGACAAGUGUGCUAUCUCUGGAUUAGAACAAAGACAUGGUUGGGAGUCCUCCAGGAGAGGUUUGAAAAACGCUGAUAUACGGCGUCUGGGUUGCUUGUAAAUGUAUUUUAUAUACAUCAUCCAGAUCAUUUGAACCUACAAGUCAUCUACAAUACAUGUCUAGUUCAAACCCAACUGUGAAAGACUGUUUGUGUGCCAAACGGCACACUGCUUCCUGUCUUGAGUAACGUGUGAUUUUUGUCCACAGUGUGUUGCCGUACCUCCUCUGUGUAUUUGCCCACGUAGGAGUAGAUCUCACUGAGGGAGCUCAUGCUGUUGAACUCGUUAAUGUGCAUCCGGGACUGCUCUGCCAGGUACGCAUUCAUGUCCUGGUCACUGAUGGCCGGCAUCUUACUGAUGUCUGAGUAGUACCUGUGGCGUUAACACACAUAGCAGACUGUAUUAGUGAACUCUACAAUAACUACAUUUACAUACACCCCAAAAUGAUUUAUUCUUGGUCUUUAAAUUUCACGGUGGUCUUUCAGUGUUGUUUCAAGACUGAGUGACGUUUAAGCCUUUAGAAUAGGAAUCAUGCACCGUUAGAGACAGUUGUCUUGCCUCCAAUCACUUUUCACAGUCUAAGCAGCCCUGAGAAAACAUUUAGCGGAACCCCCUGCCCUGACUCUCAAUAGACAUUUACAUUUUUGUACAUUGUGUGUGUGCAUGAAUGUGAGUCCUGCAACUAAGCACUCCCAUUAUAGAACAACACAACGGAACCAGGCGGAGUGUUGUCUGUCUGAACCGCUAAACAAAGAGCAUUGGAACACACCAAACCUUUUGCUCUCAACCCUUAGGCUACCUGCCGCCCUCAUACAAAUGGCUCAUAAGACUGGAGCUGCAAGAGCUACUGCAGAGACUCGGAUGUUGAAAGCAUCAAAGCAUAGAGUCCCGUUUAUGAGCGCCUGCAGUCGAUCGCAUCUCUCUCUCUUGCUCAGGUUUAGUCUCUCCUCUCUAUCGACUACUCCUCUUCCACUCCCUACACUACACCAUCCCCCCUACCCUCGCACACCUCACACAGAGAGUGGUAUCUGGAAGUCUAGUGCAUCGGGUAAAGGACUGAGGAGAGAGUAAUCGUCCAGGUCAACACAGCUAGGCCACCCUAACUCCUUUCAAAGUGAUCUACUCGGGCUAAUUCUCCAACAUCUCCUGGACCCCAAAUUAGCCGAUACUGUGGUGGUGCUGGGAGAAAAGAAAUCCGAGGCUAACCUUAAGCUAGACAGGUAGUUAUGGGAGGUGGGACAUGCGGUUCUUAAAGUAAGGAAGAUCACAGGAAGGUCACACCCACACACACACACCUCGGCCACCUGCGCAGGGCAGGAGGGCAAUUGGAGGAAGUGAGUCGUGGGGUUUGUGAGGGUAAAGGAAAUGGGAGGUAUUUCUGUCUCCAGGCAAAACAGCAGGUCCACCUGAGAACUCCAGUUCAAGUUGACGACGUCGGGCCCAAUUCCAAAUCAUCUCCUUUCUUAGACACUUGAUCUAAACAUACUGGAAAUCACACCUACCAUACGGUAGGGGCUAAAGCAGGGGCCGGCGACCCACGGGCCAAAACUGGCCCACAAGUGAUUUAUUUUGCCGGCUCGCAAGAGAUUUUCGUUUUGGAAUUCAGCAAAAAAAUAUUUUAAUUUAGGAAAUCUGUUCCCAAGUAUUCCCACAAAUAAAAAAAAGAGACGUAUGUGAUCGUGUCUCAAUUUAAUCAAGGCAUGAAAUUAUUGUUAUUUUCCAAUAUAAUUUAUUUUUCAGCUUAGUUGUGGUCAAUUUGCAGUGUACAAAUUAUUAUAAUUAUGUUCCCGUCCCCCGACCAUCCGCUCCGACAAAAAUCGUCCUGCAGCUAAAUCUAGUUGCCUACCCCUUGGCUAGACGGUCGAAUUUGACAUUUGGUAUUUGGUAUUUGUUGUCAGGCUAGGGAUGUUGGGUCCUGCUAUGCUUGGUUUUGACAUCCAAUGAAUGGUAGAAUCACGAUGGUAACAAGUGUACUUUUGUUUUGCAGACAGAUGCAAAAUCCAGUUAACAGCCUCCUUCUGUUCAGAGGUCUAUCAAGACCCCCCAGAGAGCUGUGAAUGUAAGUAUGCAAUUUCCCCUGAUACACUCCUUUUUGAAAGAGGGGUUUUCACUUUGAUUUCCCAUUGUAAUCUUCUAUGAGAGCGGACGAUCAAAUGAACUGCAUAUGACGGGUCUGAUGAACUUGUCAUUGUCUGGGGCCAAUUAAAUCCCACCUCAAAUACCACUCCAACUGGAUGGAAUGAAUAACAACAGUUUGUGUGUAGUGGGAGGCUCUGGGGCUCUCUGUGUGUAGUAGGAGGCUCUGGGGCUCUCUGUGUGUAGUGGGAGGCUCUGGGGCUCUCUGUGUGUAGUGGGAGGCUCUGGGGCUCUCUGUGUGUAGUAGGAGGCUCUGGGGCUCUCUGUGUGUAGUAGGAGGCUCUGGGGCUCUCUGUGUGUAGUGGGAGGCUCUGGGGCUCUCUGUGUGUAGUAGGAGGCUCUGGGGGGAACAUGUAUGUCCAACCCUUGCAAACCACUCCAACCGUCAUAUUGUGCCAAUGCGACAUAAAUCAACAAAACCCCAACACAACUUAAAUCCUGUAAGAUGUCAGCUUUCAUAAAAGUGCUGAGUUAGUAAGAUACAGUUGUAGGAACUCAUGUACCGGCCGAGACCCACGGGAUUUCUUCCUUGUGUUAAAUCAUUUCAGAUUGCUUUCUGUGGAUGUCAUACAGUAAUAACAUGUUAAGGUAGCAUCUUCCCAGAGGGGUAGAGCUCCACCACAGGGCCAGAGGCAAACCGCCCGAUCCCCCAACGUACCAUGACCAAGCUAUAGGCUUCCAUUAUGGUGCUCCUACCCCCUCCCAGGUACGGCUAUACAAUAACCGCUAACCUACACAGCGCUUAUGAAGAUGUAGAACGGAGGAGAAAUCAAAGGAAGACAUGUCUCUUCUGCCUGAGUAUUCCUCUCACUCCGCCUCCUCUCUUUUCCCCCUUAUUUCUUUAGUUAAACUCUGCAGUCUGUCUCUUUGAAGUGUUUUUCACGGUGUGACUGAAGUGUCUGUGUCGGGCUGGAUUGGAAGCAGAGUUGAAGACCUGUGGAUGUGUGUGUGACAGAGUGGGGGGGUGGGUGGGGGGGGGGUUGAAGAUGGGGAAGGAAGAGAGAUGAGGAUGAGAGAGAGUGUGGGGAGAAAGAGGGGGAGAGAGAAGGAAGAGAGUGUGGAGAGAGGGAAGGGAGUGUGGAGAGAGGGAAGGGAGUGUAGAGAGAGAGAGAAGGGAGUGUAGAGAGAGAGAGACAGAGAGAGAGAGAAGACAGUGGAGAGAGAGAAAGAGAAGACAGUGGAGAGAGAGAAAGAGAAGACAGUGGAGAGAGAGAAGGAAGAGACAGUGGAGAGAGAGAAGGAAGAGACAGUGGAGAGAGAGAAGGAAGGACGAGAGAAGGACGAGAGAGUGAAGAGAGACUUGAGCUUGUCUGAGGUGUUGGACUCGAUGACAGUUGCUAUCCAUUCGAGAGCUGCGAUUGGUUGCCCAAAAUUCUGGGACAGGGCUUAGCGAAGGGUCAAUUGUAUAUAGAUGGGCAAAUUAAAUUGUGUGAAUAUGCUGAUGGUCUCAAUGCACAUCACAACCUUCAGGUAGGCUUAGCUCUAACAAAUUAGAUCUCACAAUAAUGUGAAUGAAUACUGCGCUGCUUAGAUCUUACAGGCAUGUGGAAAGAGAAAAAGCCCAUCUACAUGACUGAGAUCUAAUUUGCCUAUCAACAUGACUGUGAGAUCUAAUGUGGCUAUCCUGAUUGUGAGAUGUAAGCUGUGCAGGGUUUAUACAUAUUAGUUUGAGAUCUAAUUUGUUAAUUAAAAUAGAUCUCAAUGACGUGGAAGGACAAAUCAUACCACAAUGACACUAAAUUAGAUCUCACAACAAUAUGGAUGGAUCAACUAAACCUCACCUAUAGACACAUUAGAUCUCAGAAUCAUAUGGAUGGACUAAGCUAAUUAGAUUUUCUGGAAAGACUCCUGACCUUAGACAUGAAUACUUCCUUCACAGAUUUCUAUGCUUCAGAAAUAAAUGCCAAUUGGUCCACAGAUAAUAGGACCAUCUUUAUAGCCUCAGUGUGGAUAGGAAGUCUCUGAUUAGAAUCUUAUCACUCUCCCGAUCUCCCACGGCUGCCAAACCCCGUCAGCAUCUCCCGCUCCUAAUUUCCACAUGACACGUCAACAGUUUACUCACUAGCAGCAGGUCAGACUCAGCCUGUGAAACGGCCCUUAUCGGUAAUCAACUCAAGCGCCCCAGCAAAGAGCAGGGAACGCUAACAGUAAUGCUAACAGGAACACAUUGAAAUGAAGCUUAACAACUUCUAGAUUGGCAGUGCUGCUUUUAGCUAAAUAGUAGUAAUUUAUCUUUACAGAGAACUACGCUACCCAUGAUUCCUAGGAAAGUAACCGCUGUCUUGACAAUUGCGGUUUGGUUCUGAGAAAGUCCACAUGUGGAACACAGGAAGUUGGUGGCACCUUACUUGGGGAGAAUGGGAUCGUUGUAAUGACUGGAGCGGUAUCAGAGGAACGGUAUCAAAUACAUCACACACAUGGUUCCAAUGGUUCCCAGGUGUUUGAUGCCAUUCCCUUUGCUCUGUUCCGGACAUUAUUAUGAGCCGUCCUCCCCUCAUCAGCCUCCUGUGAUGUAGAAUCACAUUCUGUAUACCCUGUGUGUUUUUAACCUGAGGUUGACUGAGUAUUUCAGCUAUUUGAAUUCGUCAUUUCCUCUCCAAAUAAUGAGCACCACCUGGAACAAUUGAGAUAAUGACAAGAUCGUCUGAUACUAUGGAGGACCAUGGAAACUUUGUAUUGCAGCACAUCCCAACCAAGCAUCCCUACCCUCCACACACCUCUGUCCCGUCUACUGCCAAGCCUCAUGAAGACUAAGGGCUUGAUUCAAUUCGUAUCGCUGAAGUUCAGCGCUAUAACACGAUUGAAAUUGAAAGGUAAUUUCUGAUUGAGCCGACAUAUGCAGGGUUUACUGUGAAUGCAGUCUCCGCUAACGCUCUUAUGCUAAACAGUCUCAUCCAUAUUUAAAGUAGCAAACAACCACAAGCAACCAUCCUCUGAAAGAUAACCCAUCUAUAGAUCACUGGGAACAACUAUAAGAUAACCCAUCUAUAGAUCACUGGGAACAACUAUAAAAUAACCCAUCUAUAGAUCACUGGGAACAACUAUAAGUGCACCCCACAAACAUAUAGAUCAUGCACCGUUAAUUCAAAACCACAAACCACAAGCACAUGCUUACACGCACACACACACACCCACACCCACACACACACACACACACACACAUACAGUGUCACACACACAGACAGUGUCACACACACACACACAGUAUCUCAGCCUGAUGAAUAUGGCCCUAGCCAAAACUCCUUGUUGGGUUCCAGUCAUCUAAGCACCACAUACAUUAUGUCCCUGUCCUGCGGCUAGCGCUGAGCACUAACACAUAAAUACUUUGGAACCGCUUCACAGGCCCCAUCUUUUAUUCAGCACUCUGCCCCUGACCAAAUAAAUGGAAUACAACUCUAAUUUUGACAAAUGACCACCACUACUGCUGUACAGCGGUGCUCCCAUAACUUCAGACUCACAUUCUUGUACCUGGGCAGGACAGGGAACACGCUGCGGCUCUCUGUCUGUGCCUGUCUCCCCUCUACCUCUCCAGCCCUAGGAGGCACUGCCAUCCAUUCCCAGUGUGUUUUCAUUUGGAGUCUCCUCCAUGGCCCCUGGAUGAUAACACUACAGCCCCACUGUGUGUACUUAUGAGACAGGAGGCAGACUACAGUCUAUCAGGGAUGUUUAUGGACCACGUAUUGAACUGUCCUCUCAUGUUACACUCAGGUCUAUUUAGAAACUUGCAAAGAGAGAGAGACAAAUACUGUAGAUACACACACACACCCCAAACCAACCCACCCACCUCACACACAAAGCACCCCCCCCCCCCCCCCCCAAACCAACCCACCCACCGGCCUCUCACCUCUCCACCCAGCUCUUGUAACUGGGGAUGUCCUUGGCAUAGAGCAGCUUGUUGGAGGGUGAGUCCUUGCCCAGGCGGUGUUCGGAGGUAGAGCAGGAGUCCAUGAAGGUCUGGGCCACCACAGACAGACAGGCGUCCGUGAUGCUGCUCUUGUGGAUGUCGAACACAAACUGGGGGUUCUUGAUCACGUUCACCCAGAACCUCAGA